AUGUCUAAAGGAAAAGUUUGCUUGGCCUACUCCGGCGGUUUGGAUACCUCCGUGAUCCUCGCCUGGUUGCUUGAACAGGGCUACGAGGUUGUGGCCUUUUUGGCCAACAUUGGCCAGGAAGAAGACUUUGAAGAAGCCGAAAAGAAGGCUUUGGCCAUUGGCGCCUCCAAGUUCGUUGUCGUCGAUGUCAGAAAACAGUUUGUUGAGCAGGCCAACGCUGUCUACGAGAACGUCUACCUUUUGGGUACUUCUUUGGCUAGACCCGUGAUUGCCCAGGCUCAGAUCCAGGUUGCUGAAGACGAGGGCUGUUUUGCUGUUUCUCACGGCUGCACCGGUAAGGGUAACGACCAGGUUCGUUUCGAGUUGUCCUUCUACGCCUUGAAGCCCGAUGUGGUUGUCAUUGCUCCAUGGAGAGACCCAGAGUUCUUCAACAGAUUUGCUGGCAGAAACGACUUGUUGGAGUACGCUGCUUCCAAGAACAUUCCUGUUGCUCAGACCAAGGCCAAGCCAUGGUCCACCGACGAGAACUUGGCCCACAUCUCCUUCGAAGCCGGUAUUUUGGAGGACCCCAACACCACCCCACCAAAGGACAUGUGGAAGUUGACUGUGGACCCCACGGAUGCUCCAGAGACGCCCGAGGACUUUGAUGUUGUCUUUGAAAAGGGUUUGCCUGUCAAGUUGGUUUUGGACGGCGGCAAGAAGACCAUCACUGACCCCGUCGAGUUGUUCCUUGAAUCCAAUGCCUUGGCUAGAAGAAACGGUAUCGGCAGAAUCGACAUUGUCGAGAACAGAUUCAUCGGUAUCAAGUCCAGAGGCUGUUACGAGACCCCAGGCUUGACCAUCUUGAGAUCCACCCACAUUGACUUGGAGGGUUUGACCUUGGACAGAGAGGUCAGAGCCUUGAGAGACCAGUUUGUCACCAUCUCCUACGCGAAGUUGUUGUACAACGGUAUGUACUUCACUCCAGAGUGUGAGUACGUCAGAUCCAUGAUUCCUCCUUCCCAGAAAACCGUCAACGGUACCGUCAGAGCCAGAGCCUACAAGGGUUCUUUGACGAUCUUGGGUAGAUACUCUGAGACUGAGAAGUUGUACGAUGAGACCGAGUCUUCGAUGGACGAGUUGACCGGCUUCUCCCCUGAGGACACUUCUGGUUUCAUUGCUGUGCAAUCUAUCAGAAUCAAGAAGUACGGUGAGGCUGCUCGUGAGAAGGGCCAGAAGUUGGAUUUGUAA